UGGCAGCGGCAUCAACAGCAGCGGCAGCGGAGCCGCCGCCAGUGCCAGUGUCAGUGGGAACAACACCACACAGGGCUGCUGUCGGGCUGGCAGCGGCAACUUGUCUGUGGCGACAGGAGGGGCGACAGGUGGGGCCAGCAGCAGCAGCAACAGCAGCGGCAAUGCGGGCAUGAGCUCUGGGGCGCAGCGUCCGGCAGUUCUCGGUGAUGAUCCAGCGUUCAUUGCAGCGAGGCAGGCGUACGACCGCACCUGGCGAGCUUGCCAGUACGACAGCAGUGAAAGCCGUUGGGCGUUGCGUCUUCUCGGGCAGGACGCGGGCGCCGCCGCCACCGCCUCUCUUUUAAAAGC